CGUUCUCAUGGUAACCACCGUAAACACAACCGUCUUUCUCUCUGCCUCCUCCGUGUGCCUACCUUUGCUGGUCUCGGCUCUGCCGCGGCUCCAAUGCAGGUGAAAAUGGCAGGGUCCACUUACAGCGAGGACCGCUACUAUGCAAAGAUAGCUUCUAUUCAGCAAAACAUGCGUAAGAGUGAGAAGCGCAGACUGGAGCUGGAGAGGGAGAUGUUUGCUUACUCCAGAUCAGACGCAAGAAACUUGCAGAUAAAGUGUUCCAAACUGCGCAGCUAUCUCAAAGAAAUCUGUGGCAGGGAAGCACAAGCGAAAAUGAGAAACCUUCAGCUUAAGAGAGAUGUGGAGUGCAUGGAAAUUAGCAUGGAGUACAGUUCUGACCAUGGAACCCUGCAACAACAAAAGGCUGACUUCUUGGAAAAGAUUUUCAGAUUCACUGAAGCGAGCAGCAAGACAGAGGAGCUGGAAGGAGCAAAGAGUAAAGCUGUGCAAAGACGACAGUGGGACAACAGCAAGAACUUUAAGCAAGUGGAAAUUUUUAUGGACCGCCAGACCUCCAGGGGCUAUGAUGCCGAAGCUGGCACCACAAGUGUACACUCACACCAAGCAUUGCAGCGUUUGCCCAAUCGCAGCGUUCAGCCGUGCGAACGUCUACCGAGUGGCCUUUUGAAGGACUUCAGAGUUGGCGGAGAGGAUGCCGCCAGUAAGCGAGCGCAUUUAUCAGAUGACAUUUCAAGCUCAAACGAUUCCCCUGACGGCUGUAAUUUGAGUGACAAACAUGAAAGAGUGUCGGGGCUGCUCCCAUCUGCUCGUGCCUCAACAGCGGCAGCUGGUUGUGUGGCUUCUGCAAGUGAUGAUGAACGAGAAGCUUCACCUCUGGUGACCUUGACGAGGUCUGAGAAGAAUCCAUUUCCCAGCAACGGUAACCCUGCGAUGGCUAAGAAUCCCGCUACAGAACCCACUGACUCCCAAGAGGUGGCUCGCAAGCCUCUCAUAAUGGGAGAUGAAGAGAGAGGUCUUAGCCAUUUGAAGUCUGAAACCACUUUCAGAAAAGGAGCUCAAGAGACAUCAGGAAAAUGUGAGAGUGUUGGAGAAUCAUGCUCAGAUGUGCAGUUGUCAGAGAGCAGUUCCAGUGACCUGACAAUUUCUUUGACACAAUCGGAGCUUGAGGAGGAUUUACCAGCGGAGGCAGCAUCAGAGAGAAAUGCCUCUUGCAGAGGAAGUGGUGAUCACAAACAGCAUCGUACUGAUUCAUCCCCCCACUCUGAUGAGUCUAAGAACACAGAACGGUUAAAUAGUGAAUCCUCAACACCGGGGGUGACUUUGAAAAGCCUCUCCCUGGAAGGACUUUUUAAUCUGCUAGACAGCAUCGAAGGGCGACUCCAUGACAAGCAGAGCCACGUGUACAGAGAUUCCUCAAUAGAUGGGAGACAACUCAAUAGGAUUAUCAGCCUUUGUGACGAUGGAGCGGGCUUGAUUGACGAGGACCUUGAAGCAUGUGGAACUGUCGUCCUUCAUGAGCUUCGGAGGUUGUCAUGGAGCACGGAGAAGGGCUGCGUGCUACCACAGAAGCUGGUGAGAGCGCAUCAGUCUAACACUGAGCCUAAUGAAAUAAGAAGGCACCUUUUUUGUUCAUUUUUCUUGCUGCCCUACCCCCACCUCAACUACAGCACCAGCCUCCCUCCCAAUGCGGCUCGGCUGUGGGAUCGCUGGUUCAAGCACGCCCUUGUGCUCAAGGAGAGCCGUGUCCUCAGCACUGAGCGCCUGGUCCAACUGUUUACGCCGCUUCUGCUGGAGCGUGAUGCCGACUACAGCCAGCAGGCCAAAGUGUUUCUGAGGGCACUUCUCUCCCGGUCCAGUGAUGAGGGCCCCUCGGCAGAAGAUGAGAGUGACUCUUCUUCUUUGUGCAAUAAUUCCUCCGCCUUGGCCGUCGCAGACGUGGAGCCCUCCCGAUCGGUAUGCCCGCAAAACAUCCAAGAACUACAAAGCACUGAAGAGGACAGCCAGGACAAAAGCCUGGUGGAAAGUGGUCCUAUUAGAGAGACAAAAGCAUACAAGUUACUUAAACAGUCAGCCAUGCAGAAAAGACUGCCGAGUUCUGAAGAGGAGGAGGAGGAAAGCAGCUUUUCGGGAAUAAAUCAUGGCCAUGAAGAGGACCUGGGGAGGGCCAAACGCUCCUCACAUCAAGACCCUUACCCUCGGAAAGGAAGCUCAAAGGUUUAUUCUGCUUUGCAAACAAAAGACUUUUGGCAGGAAUCUGAUGACAGCGACUUCGAGAUUGAAGCAGCCCUACGUCCUCCAACUUUCAGCGCAAACAGUGAUGGCACCGAUGACUUUUAUCAUUGAUAUUUCUGCAAUGCUCCGUAUUAUAUCAGUGUGAGACAUAAUACACUGUCUCAAUAGACAUGUGGCAGAUCGGCUCUUAGUUAUUCACCCCCUGACCAUACUUUUAUUGGUCUGCAUUCUAAAUCACAUGCACAGCAUAUUGUAAAAACAAAUAAUAAAGUUGACAGCUCUCACGCUGGAUAAAGUAUGUGAAGAGUUGUCCAACGCUCUGAUGUUAACCCCGCUUCAGUCUCUUUAUCUGAACAACUCUCCCGGCUCAUAAUAACAGCUCGAAAUAGAUUAAACUGAUCUUUUAAAGCGAUUUGUUUGCACUGGACUGAAAAUCCUGCAUUUCGAAUGCUGCAAGCAUCUCAGAGUGCUCUACUUGCAGCAAGCUGGAGUGUAGUGAUGUGAGUCACCUGUGAAACGACAAAGCACAAUGGCCACUCUGCUCGCUCCGGUGUGACCCGUGAACCCGCUGAAGAGGCUCAUCUCUCAGGGCACAAAGUGUGGCAGCACUAGCAAACUCAGAACAUUUAGAGACCCCAACAAAUGCUCUAAACAUUUUCUUAGGGCUGGAACAGAUUUGUGAACUGAAAGUACAAAGAUAUGGUUAAAAUCUCUCUCUUUUAGUGUACUAAUGACUCAUGAGUAGCUGAAAUUAUGCUCAUAUUGCAAAAUAGUCUUCUGUAAUUUAGGAUUUUCCCGCACAUUGAACAUCCUGUGUCUAUUAUUAACUGUGUGGGAGGCUACAUUCCAAGGUUUACAUUUAUAGUUCAUUAUUUCUGCCGCGUAAAAUUUCCAAGCUGAGAUGUGGUAAAAGCCCCCUGGCACAUAGUGUCAGCAGGAUUCCAUUAGUCAGCUUUUGGUGACUUUAUAUGCCUGAACCUUUCAAAGUAGGACUCCACAUUCAUUACCAAUAAUGGCUUCAGUCGGCCCUGACCCAGCACAGGAAAGGGAAUGGGGCAGAGCAAUUUACAGUUUGCUAAAAGGUUCCCUAACAUAAUAUCCAGUUAAGGAGCAUGUCAACAGAUACUUGUGUGCGACUGAUGGCUCAUGGUGAAAGUGGAGUUAUAUUGUACUAAUGUGUACUAACAGGAAUAUUUUUUAUGAAGAUCUUCUUUGAGUCUGUGCCACUGAGACAAUUGGGAUGCUAUUCAUAUCAUUUCUUUCACUCUGUUAUUGGCGUAAGUACGUGUUGCAGUUACAAAUGGGAUUUCAGACUCAGGUUGUCAAUGGAUGAAGCUCGUCUCUUAUACUUGUUUGGUUUUAUCAAAGCAGCUCAUGUUUUUCAUUGAUAUUUUUGCCUACAUUGCCUCUCUGAGGUUUACAUACAUUCAUUGUUGCCAUUAAUACCUUUAACUUGGGACCUUAAAUGAUUCGAACUAUCCUUUUACAAGGUGCAAUAAUAUAACUUAAUAUUCCUUCAGUUAAUUUUAAAACUAUCAAUUUGAUGCACAGGCUUGAGUUUAUUUGGAAUUUUACCUAAAACUUGGAUCAAAAUCAUAAAGACAAGCUCAACUAUAUGCAAACACCCCACUCACGUUUUGUUAAAUGCUUCUGGGCAAGUUACAUAGAGACACACACUUUUCAUAGUGAUCAGAGAACUUCUGGGAUCAUUCUGACUGGAUGUUUGCCUACUUUCAUAAUUAUGAAAAGUAUAGCCCAUUAAAACUGAUUCUUGUUCAGGCACAUACCUGGCUUCAAAGCAUAGUUCAUACAUGUAAGUCUUGUUCAGGUUGAGGCCAAACGAGAAGCUUAAUGUUGCUUUAAAAAAGACUAAAUCAGUUUUGAUUAAUAUUUGAGAUCAUUCUUCCAUUGGAACACCCACUUCUGUCCAUGUUUAAUUCAUACAACUCAAGCUGCCACCAUCAAAUAAGAUGUAGGGAAAAAAAGUGAUCAAAAUGCUCUUAAGCUAGCAGCUGGAUAGAAAAACUUGGAUAAAAUUGGUUGUUGUAGCAGUGCAGUGAUCCCAAACAAACAGAUAAACUGGUGUUGGAAUGAGUAAAGCAGACUGAAAAUAGUUUGUGCAAUAACCCUGACUACAAAUCAAUCAAAAAAAAAAAAAUCAAAGUACUAAAUCUAAAAGCCUUUUAAACCAAUUUAGGUGGGCUAUGUUCUUUUAAAUAGGAAUAAUGUUGAAAUAUCCAGUCAGAAAAAUGCAAGAAGUUCAUUGGUGAGAACAAAACGUUAUUUGUUUUUCAGGAAUUAUAUAUUCAAGCAUGCAUAAAAAAUUUUGACUGUGGAUUUGAGAAAUUUUGUCCCAACGUUGAAAUUGAAGUUGAAGGCUACAUAAAUCGUUCCAAAAUGAAAAAAAAUAUAUAUAUUAUUGAAAAGCAACCUUAAAAGCCAAAUAGAUCCAACAUUCAUGCCUAUGAUGAGCAUACAGUAACUGAUUAGCACGGUACACUGUGUUUUCUUUAAGUCAGAAAUGUUUUGAUAAAAAUUGUUUAUUUUUAUGAGUGCCAGAAUUUUAAAAACUAUAUUUUUUAUAGAUAUGUACAUAUGCUUUUUGAAACUAAUAAGGUGGAGAGCAAGGAAAUAUGUUUUGAAUGAGUUAAUCUUUCUUGUAACCAAUGAAGUACCCUAAUCAGUUGUUUCUGGGUUCAUGCACAUAAAGUAAAUUGUGAAUAAGAGCUGUGUCUACACAUUGGAGAAAUGUGUGCAUGUAAAAAUGUGUGAUUUGUAUCUUUGGAGACUUUGCUAAAAUAUGUAAACAGAAACAAGGGCAAUUCGCUACUUACAAAUUCUAAUUACAGGUCUUUUAACCUUUCUCUCUGAGGCAAUAAUUCAAAUCCUCACACAAAUGUUAGUUUUUUAGGAUUUGAAUUAUUGCCUCAGAGAGAAAUACAAAUAUAUUCACAUAAUGGUCCAAAAACCUUUUUUUAAAGGUUAAAAGACCUGUUCAGUUAUUUCCUCACUUUGGGACAAUGUCUUUAACAUAGCCUUCCACAUUACCAUUGAUAAAGGAAACAUGUAUCACUAGGGAAAAUAAAAUAAGGCAAUAUUGUGUAAAUCUGAAGCUGUUUGAUGGUAUAGCUACACCUACUGUUAUAUGUGGGAACCAGAAAAUGUUUUCUUUAUAUAAAUAUUUUAGUAUCCUCUUAAAAAUUGAAAUGUUAACAUGUAAUAUUAUGACAUAUGGACAGAUUGGUAACUUUUAAUUUUGUAUUAUCCUUAAAAAGAAUGAUUGACUGUAGGUGGGGAAGGUGAAAACUAAAGAAUGUAUGUGGCUGUUGUUGCUUCUUGUAGGUUUUGCUAAAUUUAGUAAUUCUUGUUAAGUUUGAAAAGUAUUUUUACAAGAAAAGCAGGAAAAUUAACUGUUAUUGGUUUCAGGUUAACUGUAAAAUUUGCUUUGUCAGUGUUUUACCUAGUCUUUAAGUUAGCACUUUUAAUUCAGUUUUAUUGCAUUUUUAAUUGUUAGUUAAAAAGGCCAUACAGCAUUUUUUUCAACAUGAGUUGAAAUCUAAAAUAAAAAUGUAAAUUUAAAAUGUUUUCUUCAUUCAUUCAGCUAAAUUAAUAAUUUUCCUACUGCUGGUUCUACGUAGCUUUGAGGUGCAUUUUUAGCAUUUGAGCUUUUUGUUACUUUUCAUUCAGAUCCAUCUAUUUUACCUAAUAGGUUAUGUGGAUAUGCAUGUAUGUGAUAAUUAUUUACUGAUUUUAACCUCAUUAUAAAAAUAAUUAUAGUAAAGAACUAGUAUAGUAGUUUUCCUGAGGACUCUUGAGUUGUAGAUGUAUUUUUUGUCUUUAUUAAAUGAAACAAUUUCCUAGACUAAUUCAACAUGGCUGAAAUGAGCAUCUCAAUUUCCAUGACAUUUCAGAUUAAAGCCAAUUAUGAGAAGUGGUCAGCUCAUCAUAUCUAAUUUCUUUGUUAGAACUCUGCAAUUUGAAGUAAAUGCUUCCUGUGUAAGUGUGAUGAAAAGCUGAUCUUGCUAGUAAAAGUUUCUUUUCAUUGUGUCCAAAUACAUUUUGUCUGUUUUUUGGGAGUGAUUUAAUGUAAUUAACAAAGUAUUUCAUAAUUGUAAAGUGGAAGGAUAUUUUUUUAUUUUUACAAAUAAAAACUUUAAAAGUC